UUAUAGACAUUUUAAGAAAGAGAUCAUUUACCUGUUGAGAGUGUGCUGAGAGUAUGUAAUUGAAUGGCUGACCUCCAGAAAAUCAGUAAUGAGGUGACUUUGACAGUUAAAGAUUUGAAAAACAAAAAGGCGGGAAUAAAGAACCCUAAACUCUAACACAAAGAACCAUAAAGGGUUCUUCAGGACGAUACGGUUCUAAAUAGAACUGUUACUAUAUGUAAAGAACCUUUAAAGAGCCAUCUUUUUUUCUUUUUUUUUAGUGUAGAAAAAACAACAAAUAAAAAAAAAAAGCAAUAUUCACUCAAUUUAUGUCUGAAUUAUACAUUUGAAUAAUAAAUGUAUAAAGCUUAUAAAGCUUUUUAACAUGCCAUGGUUAUCCAGCUUUUUGAUGUUUAUUCAUACAUUGAUUAGACCCAUAGGAGAUGUAAAUGUUGAGGAAAUAAGAAAACCAUUCAAAUGUAUAAUUCAGAUAUAUCAAGAGAAUAUUGCUGUAAAUCAAACAGUGGUUGUCUUUUUUUUUUUUUUUUUUUCUUUAAGAGGAGGAGUCUUAAGUUUGCUCUUACUCUACCUCAUGUUAUAGGUUUGGUAAUAUGUCUUAACAGUUUAAAGAGUCAACACAUUGUGCUGUGAAAGGAUAAACCUUUUAAAGCAAUUUUUGAGCUGUCGGAGAUUAAGGAAACAGACAUGGACACUCGCGGGAAACAAGGUGAAGUUUACCUACAACAUCAGAAACAUGGUGAGAAGUGGAAGCGAUAUUGGUUGGCCCUUCAUCCGGCUAGUCGGCAUGGCAUUGCACGAUUGGAAUUAUCAGAAGCUGUUCACGAACGGUCAACUGUGGUCAGACGACAUCCGGAGAGGAAAGUUGUACGUCUGGCUGACUGUUUGAGCGUCGUCAAGCUGCCGCCUCAUGCAGAGGCUUGUCCAGGGGAAAACAUGUCUGCCUUCUGUGUGGAGACAGAGGAGAAGAGGCUAGUGUUUGCAGCAGACAGGGAAAGCUGUGGAGAAUGGGUGGACAUAAUAUGUAACAUUGCCUUUCAGAAACACACUAAAAGUGCUCCACAGCCGGUACCACUUAUGGAGGACAAUCAGAUCUACAUGUCCAGAGAACAACUGUCCGAGUUCAGAGUAGUUGUGCUACAGAGUGAGUCUUCAGUUCGUUGUGGCCUCAAAGGACAGUACUGGCUGCAAGCUAGUGAGGACAUGCUAGUACUGCAAGAUCCGGAGACCAGGAAGACUGUCAUGGAGUGGCCAUACAAGCUGCUGCGCCGCUAUGGGCGAGAUAAGAUGCUGUUUUCUAUAGAAGCAGGUAGGCGCUGUGAAUCCGGCCCUGGAAACUUUAACUUUGAGACCAGGCAGAGUGAAGAGAUCCUCCGCCUUAUUGAGUCAGCUAUUCGUCAACAGAAGAGCCUCGCCGUUACUGGAGAAAAGCACUCGCCACAUUCUCCACGUUCUCGCUCUCCUCGCUCACCCCUGCCCAAACGCCCUGGAAGUUUUACUUUGCUUGAUACAGAGGGCAAUAACAGCCCUCAGCCUUCAGACGCAAAACUGUCCUUGUACCCUACUCCAACAGAUGCCCUUAGCCCUAUCUUAAAUCCUGUACAUAUAAAACCUGCAAGUCCUAUUGGCUCAACUGAAGCUGUAUAUGCAAACACCGCAGGUUCCAUAAAAAGCACACACUCAGAUCCAAGUGGCAGUAUAAGCUUGAUUGAGCCUGUGUAUUCAAACCCUGCAAUUUUAAUAGGCAGACAUGAAUCAGUGUAUGCAGAUCCAGCAGAUCUCAUCAAAUCCCAUCAGAGUGUAAAGAAAGAUCCUCUCCCAUCUCAUCAUGGUGAUUAUUCAGAACCAGUGUAUUCUGAUCCUGCUGAUGUCAUCCGCCCAAAUCCUAACAAUUGUGUCCAUGCCAACCCUAGUGACAUGAUGGACUGUCAGCCUGCGAAGACAAUUAUGAACAACGACAAGCAGCAAGAACCAGUGUACUCUGAGGUGUAUAACCAUGUCACACUAAACUCAAGUAUAAAACGUGACCAGAUGAUUGAGGAGCCCAUUUAUAGUGUACCUGAGGUUACACAGGCAACCCAAAGCAAUAACUCUCAGCAAAACAAAAUGCUUGAUGAGAACCAACCCAUCUACAGCAAAGUUAACAAACCACCCAAAACUCCUCAGCCUCUCGAAGAAAAGAAGCUAAGCCAAACACGAGAGGUUGUCUCUGAGGACCUUGGAAUGAUUUAAUUAAAUCUGUAAUAGAAUUUGUCUUCACAAACAAGUAGCUUUUCAUUUUUAAUAUUUAAAAUUUUAUUCUCCCCCACCCCACUGAUUUCAUAAUUUAUUAAUCCAUUCUACUGGACAUGGUGAAAUAAUGACUGAAAAUAAAUUUUCUAAUGUAA